AUGGAGAUCCACGCAAUAUAUUCUCCUGCCACGCCUCCACUCCCGCGCCGCUCCAUAUUUCAAGCCUCACUCCGAAAUCUCGAUAUCGCAUGGGACACAGCAGGCAUCUUGGCAUGUCUGUGGUGGGCCACGCAAUCUGUCGCCCUUGUGCUUGCGAACAAAGCAGUCUUUUCUCAACCGCUUUUUGAUUUUCCCUGGCUCAUCAUCACCAUACAAUGUGUCGUUGUCGUCUUCGCCUUCUCUCUCGUAGCGAUCGUACGGCGUGAGCAGCCGGCCAUAAAUCUCAGCCAAGUCUCCAACAUGCUCGUCCCGUCUAUUCUCUUUCUGCUGUAUCACUAUUCCAACGCAAGGUCGUUGCGGUUCAUCUCUUUACCGGCCUUCACUGUUGUCAAGAGUCUGGCUCCGUUAGGUGUUACGACCGUCGAACGAAUCGCUUUCGGGAAUUCAAUUCCGACGGGUGUCUACGCCGCCAUGGCGCUUUCUUUGCUAGCGAACGUCUUUACCUUUGACUCGGCCAGUGCCAUAUCUGAGACUUCCCUUCUUGGCUACGCAUGGUCUCUCUUCAAUGUCACUACUCAUAUCUUUUACGUUUUGGCAUUGCGAUAUUGUUCAGGGAGCUAUAAGGCGACCGACAAGGCUUUUGUCGCAAAUCUGCUCUCUAUCCCAAUCGCUUUCCUCUUUUCGAUUGCAAACCAAGAAGUUACCACUUUUUCGCAUGAAAUCACCCUGCUCCCUUCCGUCGUGCGGUUACCGUUGAUCCUGUCCUUCGCACUGAGUGCUGGCUGUCUAGUAUCAGUUCUCUCUGCUUUCGAGGCUGCAUCUAGCGAUGCCCUCCGGUACUUAGCACAGACGAAUAAGAUUGCAAUCGUACUUCUUGGGGCCGCUAUCUUCAGAACAAAAUUCACCCCGCAUGCGUGGUUCGGUGUCUUCCUCGCAGUUUUUUCGGGCUUUUGUUUCGUAUACACCAAGUCCCACAAUAGCUCUCUGGGAAUUCCCAGACCAAUUGUAAGCAGUCCAACCUUAGAGUUACUGCUGCCCACGGAAGACUGUCCGGUAGAAGAAAACGUGUCAGUGUCGCGAAAAGUGACUGCCUCCCAAAAGUUCAAUGACACAGAGAUUUAG